UCAUCGUUUAGAAAAUUGUUCAAACUAAUUUUAACUCCAAAAGCUUAUUUCAAUUCAACUCCAUGCACCUGAACAAUUAAUCUUGUAGUGUUGAAUCCCAGUUUAGCCAUCUUGACUCUGUUGUGUGUCCAUGCAAUUUUGGCGGAGCUGAGAGACUGGCGAAAAAAGAGUUGAUUUGUCGCACGGGGGGCACAAAAAAGAAGUCAUACGAUAAAACCACAACUGCCGAUUAAUAAGCUAGUGCGUCAGCAGAAUGGAGGACGGCCAUGCGAAAUCCGUCGAUGAGGUUCUAAAUUACUUCAACACAGACCCUGAGCGAGGUCUCACUAUUGAUCAAGUGAAAACGAAUCAGAGCAAAUAUGGACCCAAUGAACUCCCCACGGAAGAGGGAAAAAGCCUCUGGCAGUUAGUGUUAGAACAGUUCGAUGACCUGCUGGUCAAAAUUUUGCUUUUAGCUGCUAUUAUUUCAUUUGUACUGGCUCUUUUCGAGGAGCAUGAAGACACAUUUACCGCAUUCGUUGAACCUUUUGUUAUUUUGCUCAUUUUAAUUGCCAACGCCGUUGUAGGAGUGUGGCAAGAGCGCAAUGCCGAGUCUGCGAUAGAGGCACUGAAGGAAUAUGAGCCGGAGAUGGGCAAGGUGGUGCGUGGAGACAAGUCUGGUGUCCAGAAGAUUCGCGCCAAGGAGAUUGUCCCAGGUGAUAUUGUUGAAGUGUCCGUGGGUGACAAGAUUCCGGCCGAUAUCCGUCUUGUGAAGAUCUUCUCAACGACCAUUAGGAUUGAUCAGUCCAUUCUCACUGGUGAAUCUGUCUCCGUGAUUAAGCACACCGAUCCCGUGCCCGAUCCACGUGCCGUGAAUCAGGAUAAGAAGAACAUCCUGUUCUCUGGCACCAAUGUUGCCGCCGGCAAGGCGCGCGGUGUUGUCAUUGGCACUGGAUUGUCGACUGCCAUUGGUAAAAUUCGUACUGAAAUGAGUGAGACUGAGGAGAUUAAGACGCCACUGCAGCAGAAACUCGAUGAAUUCGGUGAGCAACUGUCCAAAGUUAUCUCCGUGAUUUGCGUUGCCGUCUGGGCCAUCAACAUUGGUCACUUCAACGAUCCCGCCCACGGUGGCUCAUGGAUCAAGGGUGCCAUCUACUACUUCAAAAUCGCUGUGGCUCUGGCUGUCGCCGCCAUCCCUGAGGGUCUGCCCGCUGUCAUCACCACUUGCUUGGCUCUCGGCACUCGUCGUAUGGCGAAGAAGAAUGCCAUCGUGCGCUCCCUGCCAUCCGUUGAGACUCUGGGUUGCACAUCUGUUAUCUGCUCUGAUAAGACCGGAACCUUGACUACCAAUCAAAUGUCCGUCUCUCGCAUGUUUGUGUUUGAGAAGGUUGAGGGAAAUGACAGCAGCUUCCUCGAAUUUGAACUUACUGGAUCGACGUAUGAGCCAAUUGGUGAUCUCUACCUCAAGGGCAACCGCGCCAAGGCCAGCGACUAUGACAUCCUUCAGGAAAUGGGCACGAUUUGUGUGAUGUGCAACGACUCUGCCAUUGAUUUCAACGAGUUCAAGCAGGCUUUCGAGAAGGUCGGUGAGGCCACUGAGACAGCCCUGAUUGUGCUGGCUGAGAAGCUGAAUCCCUUCAAUGUGUCAAAGACGGGUCUGGAUCGUCGCUCAUGUGCCAUUGUGGUGCGCCAGGAGAUUGAGACCAAGUGGAAGAAGGAGUUCACUCUGGAGUUCUCUCGCGAUCGUAAAUCCAUGUCAUCAUAUUGCGUGCCACUGAAGCAGUCCCGCCUCGGUACUGGUCCCAAGUUGUUCGUCAAGGGCGCCCCUGAGGGUGUGCUGGAUCGCUGCACACAUGCCCGUGUUGGAACCGCCAAAGUGCCACUGAACACCACGCUGAAGAACAGGAUUCUGGAUCUCACCCGCCAAUACGGUACUGGACGUGAUACUCUGCGUUGCCUGGCCCUGGCCACCGCUGACAGCCCAAUGCGCCCCGAGGAGAUGGAUCUGGGCGAUUCUACCAAGUUCUUCACCUAUGAGGUGAACCUUACAUUCGUUGGUGUUGUUGGUAUGCUUGAUCCACCCCGCAAGGAAGUGUUUGACUCCAUUGUGCGCUGCCGUGCUGCUGGAAUUCGCGUCAUUGUGAUCACUGGUGACAACAAGGCUACGGCCGAGGCCAUCUGCCGUCGCAUUGGUGUGUUCGGUGAGGAUGAGGACACCACUGGCAAGUCCUAUUCUGGUCGUGAAUUUGACGAUCUGCCCACUAGCGAACAGAAGGCCGCCUGCGCUCGUGCUCGUCUCUUCUCCCGCGUGGAACCAGCUCACAAGUCCAAGAUUGUUGAGUUCUUGCAGAGCAUGAAUGAGAUCUCCGCUAUGACUGGUGAUGGUGUCAAUGACGCUCCUGCCCUGAAGAAGGCUGAAAUUGGUAUUGCCAUGGGCUCUGGAACUGCUGUGGCCAAGUCAGCAUCUGAGAUGGUGUUGGCCGAUGAUAACUUCUCAUCCAUUGUGUCUGCCGUUGAGGAGGGUCGCGCCAUUUACAACAACAUGAAGCAAUUUAUCCGCUACUUGAUCUCCUCCAACAUUGGUGAAGUCGUGUCUAUCUUCCUUACUGCCGCUCUCGGUCUUCCAGAAGCUCUUAUUCCCGUUCAGCUGCUGUGGGUGAACUUGGUCACUGAUGGUCUUCCAGCUACAGCUUUGGGCUUCAACCCACCGGAUUUGGACAUCAUGCAGAAACCACCGAGGAAGGCCGACGAGGGUCUCAUUUCCGGCUGGCUCUUCUUCCGAUACAUGGCUAUUGGUGGAUAUGUGGGCGCCGCGACCGUUGGAGCUGCCGCCUGGUGGUUCCUGUACUCCUCAACUGGUCCACAGAUGUCCUACUGGCAGCUGACACACCAUCUGGCCUGCCUUGGUGGUGGUGAUGAGUUCAAGGGAGUUGAUUGCAAGAUCUUCAACGAUCCUCAUCCUAUGACCAUGGCUCUGUCUGUGUUGGUCACCAUUGAGAUGUUGAACGCCAUGAACAGCUUAUCAGAAAAUCAAUCUCUUAUCUCAAUGCCACCAUGGUCCAACAUGUGGCUCGUUGGCUCAAUGGCUCUCUCUUUCACGCUCCACUUCGUGAUCCUCUACGUGGAUGUCCUCUCAGCCGUGUUCCAGGUGACACCGUUGUCCGGUGAUGAAUGGAUAAUGGUAAUGAAGUUCUCGAUCCCAGUAGUAUUACUCGAUGAAGUGCUCAAGUUCGUCGCCAGAAAGAUCACAGACGGUGAGAAUCCCCUAUACACUGUGCACUGGAUUGUGCUCAUGUGGGCAGUGUACUUUGGCUUGCUCAUCUGGGGACCUCUGUAAAGAGUGGCCGGCAAAGUGUUGAUCAUUUUGCUGCAGUGCAAUAUAAAUAUUUUUUUAAAAUUAUACAUUCAUUGAGGCAUAAUUGCGAUGAGAAGAUUAAGCAUUUUAGUAAAUUGAAAUAUUUCUUGAAGACAGAGAUUUUUGAGAGCAACACCUUAGAAGAAAAGGCAUGAGAAAAUCUCAAAAUUGUACAGAGGUGCCCCUGCUGAAGCCUUGUGUCAAAAGAACAGUGUUUUCUUAAGAUUAAUUGCCCCUCUUAAUAUUAGGAUAUAAGGUGAAGAAGAAGAUUUAAAAAAAAAAUAGUUUUUGCAGAGCAGAAAUUGAAAACAUAAAAAACUCAUAGUUAUUGCACAGAAUAUUGUGGUUUUUUAUGUUUUUGCUUGUGUUCUUUCCACCAAUUUUCCCCCCUUUUUAAUAGAUAAAUUUACCCAUUGUAGUUUUAAUCAGAAUACUUUUUACAAAUCUAAUUAUACAUUUACCUACAAUUCAAUUGCUCAUGAGAGUGAAAUGUGAGAAUGAUGAUAAACAUACAGGAAAAUACAAAGGAGAUAGGAAGAGAAACAUGAUAAAACAACAUUGUACAUUUAUGAUAUCUGAGUAACAUAACAUUCAGAUACCAGAAUUAUAAUCUCACCAGUAAUAAUAAUUCAUGCAAUUGUUGUUCCCUAAUCAAGCACAAGUUUGAAGUGAUUUGGGUUGACUUUAUGUGUUGUAAGAGGCCAAACUUAAAAAAAGAAAAGAAAAAAUCUUAUUGCAAAGACAAAAUCCCAGAAGAACGGGUGAGCAAUUUAAGAAUAACAUUCGAACUGUGUGUAUUUAAUUGUGUGUUGAGCAAAUAAUCUGGCGGGAUGAUUCUUUAAUUUUUACAAGAAACCAUUAAAAUAUAUUGUACAUGAUUUCAAUCACGUGUAUUUUAUCAAAACGAAAUGAGAUGGAAUGAGAAAUCCGAUUACCAUAUUUUAUUUAUUUCCUAGUAAAUAUUUAUAUCGAGUUCUUUUAUAUGAUUGAACACAGAUGAUGAGAGAAACAUAAUUAGAUAUAUAUAUAUAUUUUUUCAAUUGUAUUCCUUGUAAAUAGCAGAAGAGAAUGUGAAUGCGACGAAAUACACGUGUUUGAUCAGUAACAUCUUUCCUUAAUGUCAUUACUUUUUUGUAUUUAUUAUAACUAAUGUUUAUUUACUACUAAAUAUAUGCGAUAAGAUGAGAAACAUGAAAAGAUAACUCACUCACUAUAAGAAAUACAAUAGAGAGAACAUUAGAUAAGGGAGAGUAAAACGAGAAAAUUCACAAAAAAAUAUAUAUAGACUAGGAAACAGAGAAAAGAGAAAGCCUGGAAGUGAUUGAACACUUUUAAUUAUAGGCAUUACGUAUUAUAGUGAUGAUGAGGGGAAAUUAAGGGAAUUUGGAGAGGUGCUUAACAAAAUGCAGGGUGGUUUCUAAUUUCCUUUCAAUCGGCUCUUUCACAGCAAUUUGGCCAAACAUCUACACAUUUAUAUACGCAUUUUUUCCUCAAGAUAUUAUUCUGAAAGGUCAAACGAAGCAUUAAUCAGUCCGUCGCGGUUUCGUCUCACUUGCUAAAAAUACCCACCGUGGUCAAAAUCAAGGUGUAAAUCUCAUUUUAGAUACCAUUUAUUUUCUAUCUCAAGGGAGUAAAGUGGCAGUGUGAUGCCAGAAAUAGUGACGCACCUGUUUUGUCGGAAAUUCUCAUCAAUUCCUCUGCUAGACAAUCAAUCAAUCCACUCGGAAAGGUUUCGCCUCCGCACUGCACGACACAAUCUUCCACGGAUAUUUCAAGAAUUCCCUCUGAAGAGACGCAUUCCAUUUGUCUGAGCUUUUGACAAAUCUUUUUAAGAAACACGAUCGCAAAAUUAGGCAUUCCUCUGUUGAGCAUACAGUGAAUUGUGUGUGGAGGCAAAUUUCAGUCAAUAAGCGUAACACUAUUUCUGAUAUGACACUGUCCAUUAGCUUUAGAAUGACAUUCAUCAGUGAUUAGUAAUAAAAUUAAGAGGCAUUUUUCAUGGUGGACAUUCUUAGCAAUGAUGAUGAAGGGCAGAAAUAGGCAACUAAACACCCUGUUUAAACAUGAUGAGAUCUAUUUCUUAAUUUCUGUUAGAAAGUGCCUCACUUCCCUGUUAAAUGAUAGUGUGUAUAAAUAAUUCUGUAGGGAUUUAAGGAUAAGGAGGCGAAGAGGUACAAGAUUAAUUUUUAAGUAGGUGAUCUUUUCAAUGAAUCCCCCUUUUUCUGGUGUCUUUUUCAAUGAAAUCUACUUUGUAUAAGGAGUUUUAUGUAAUUGGUAGGUAGAGAAGAGAUUUUUGGAAAUAUUUUUAUCGGUAGAUGUUAGAUUGAAUUGAAAGAAAAAUUUUGUUGUCUUUUUACCCAAUUUAUCUUUUGAGAAUAAAUAUAUUCCAAUGUGCGCCAAAUACAAUUAUUUAGUCAUAAAGAUGCAGAAUGACGUGGUGAAACGACAAAACCAAGAACAGAAAGCAAUAAUGAUCCCUUUUACAAAGGAAUUCUAACUAUUACGGGCACGAUUCGAUUGUGGUGAAUUGUGAAUCAUAUUCAGAUCUUUUUCCGUUUUCUUUCAACAUUAUAAUCAGUUUUCUAUUCCCCCAUUUUCUUCGUGUGCGAUCAAUGUACUUAUUUUUUUUUGAAAAUUGUCGUAAUUUCACAAGAGAGAGAAAGAUAUAAAUAUAUUAGGUUAUUGAGAAGAGAGUAGUUUUUAGUGGCCACUGUGAACGGCAAACCAAAUCAAAUAGAGAGAUGAAGUAGGUAACAAAGACUUGUCUCGCAAGGCCUAAAAACCUUCUAAACAUCCCACACUUGUUACAUAAACUACAAAUGGUAGAGUGAAAACUUAAAAUAGGCUCGAAUCUUAUGUAUAAAAAGAUACCUUUACAAAUCUUUCUCCUCUCAAUUUAGUAUGACAGAGGGAGAAAGAGAGAGAACAAAUUUACUACAACUUUAAUUACCACUUGGGAGAUCCUCUUUGAAAAUUUGUGUAGCCAAUUUUGACUUCAUCUUUUCCGAUAUAUAGAGUACAUAUAUUCCUUUUUACUAACAUGUACUUUUACUGCAAGAAAAAAUAUAUAUAUGAAAUACAAUACAAUAUAUUUAUAAAAGUAGACGAAACCAGAUUAAAGGGAGUCUAAAUACAAAACAGAAAUAUAAAAGAAUAGUAGAAAAAAUGAAUCAUAUUAAACAAGAAGUAAUUUAUAGAGAAAAAAACCUACAUUAUAGUGAACACUACAAUGAAUGUAUAAGGUUACAGAUGAACACAGGAACAUGAAGAAACUACAAAACAAAGUAAUGAUUUUUGUGACGUGUGUAUUUGAGACUUUGGCUUUAUUAACAAACUAUUUCUCAUAAUAUUAGAUAUGUUAGAUAAAAAAAAAGAAUGGUUAGGAUGACUAGAGCGAGAGGAGAAACAAUAAUAACGGUAGUGGAGAGACUGCUGUUGAGGAAGAAUGAUUUUUUGAAGAUUGUUAAUAAAAAUAUAAUGUAAUAAAAUUCCCGAAAUUUUGUAUACUU